GAAUAAUUGGGAUGCUGCCAAGUUUGCUCAUCCUAAUUAUGGUGGAACCACCAUUGAAGGACAUGCAUGGCCAUACCGCACUUCCUCCAUAAUCGCUUGUAGUGCAGUGGAGAAGCACUACCAAAUCCUGUCUCUCAAUUCGCGCUCUCAGUGCCUGAGCUAACGAAUCAAUGCUCAUCUAAAUCCAACUCUGUAAAUGCUACGUUCACCAUUAAUGCUCAAUCAGAGGCUACAGCCAUGGCUUUUUCCCCUCUCCCGCUUUCAUCUCCACCAGCUUCGAUCAUGGUUUUCUACUCCCUCGUUUUCUUGAUUUUGUUGUUGUGUAGCACCGGCGAUGGCGUUGCGGUGGCCGGAGCGGCUCGAUCGAGGCGUCUUCAGUUUUUCACUGACUCCACCAGGAGAGUUCUCCUCAAUAAUGGUCUCGCUUUAACUCCUCCGAUGGGAUGGAACAGCUGGAACCAUUUUCAGUGUAAUAUAAACGAGAAAUUAAUCAAGGAAACAGCGGAUGCAAUGGUAUCCAGUGGCCUUGCUGCAUUAGGAUAUGAAUAUAUCAAUUUAGAUGAUUGUUGGGCUGAACUUAAUAGAGAUGCCAAGGGUAAUUUGGUCGCUAAAGCUUCAACAUUCCCUUCUGGUAUCAAAGCCCUAGCAGAUUAUGUUCAUAGCAAAGGGCUCAAGCUCGGAAUUUAUUCUGAUGCAGGGAUCCAGACUUGCAGUAAGAAGAUGCCGGGUUCCCUAGGUCACGAAGAACAAGAUGCAAAAACCUUUGCCUCAUGGGGGAUUGAUUAUUUGAAAUAUGACAACUGUGAAAAUACCGGUACAAGCCCAAAGGAAAGGUACCCAAAGAUGACAAAAGCUUUACAACAAUCUGGGAGACCCAUACUUUUUUCUUUAUGUGAAUGGGGACAAGAAGAUCCAGCAACUUGGGCAGUAAAUGUAGGAAAUAGUUGGAGAACAACAUCAGAUAUUCAAGAUAACUGGACUAGCAUGACAUCUAUUGCUGAUCAGAAUGAUAAAUGGUCAUCUUAUGCUAGACCUGGAGGAUGGAAUGAUCCUGACAUGCUCGAAGUGGGGAAUGGAGGGAUGACGACAGUAGAAUACCGUUCUCAUUUUAGCAUUUGGGCACUGGCAAAAGCCCCUUUGCUGAUUGGAUGUGACAUCAGGUCAAUGGACAACAUCGCCUUCAAAUUGUUGAGUAAUAAGGAGGUUAUUGCAGUUAAUCAGGAUAAGCUUGGAGUUCAAGGGAAGAAGGUCAAGAAUUUUGGAGAUCUUGAGGUUUGGGCAGGCCCGCUGAGUGGUAAAAGAGUCGCUGUUGUUCUAUGGAACAGAGGUUUUUGGAGAGCCAAUAUCACUGCAAAUUGGUCAGAUAUAGGUUUGAGUCCAUCAACUACAGUUACUGCUCGAGACUUAUGGGAGCACUCAACUCAUGUGGUUCAACAUCAACUUACUGCCGAAGUAGACUCUCAUGACUGUAAGAUGUAUGUUCUCACUCCCCACUAAGCCAAAAGGGAAAAUUUCAGAUUAAUGUUAUUGUGAAUGACAAUAGUCUUCACUUCAGUUUCAUGUCCAACUUCUCUAUGCUCUGUUUUCUGGGAUUUUACUUGCGUUUUUGUACGAGUACUGGCCUUUAGUUUGAGAUGAUUUAGUUUAUGUACUCUUAAAUUGGUAACAAUUUAGGUCUUGAACUUAGUACGUAACAAUUUAGUUCUUUAUUUACAAUAUGUAAUAAUUUAGUCCCUACCAUCGAAAGUUUCAUCAACAUGGAAUGUUGAUUUUUAUUGUGUAA